AGACAUAUCUCGUCUCUUCCACUCUCUGCUUAGAGAGAAGAACACGAAGAUAGAUACAGAUUUCUCAUGGCAUCUUCGAAGCUCCAAGCUCUUUGGAACCACCCCGCCGGUCCUAAAACCAUUCAUUUCUGGGCUCCAACUUUUAAAUGGGUUAUCAGCAUUGCAAAUAUUGCUGACUUCUCAAAGCCACCUGAAAAGCUCUCUUAUCCCCAGCAAAUAGCUGUUACCUGCACUGGACUUAUCUGGUCGCGAUAUAGCACGGUGAUUACCCCGAAAAACUGGAAUCUUUUCAGUGUCAACGUUGCAAUGGCUGGAACUGGCUUGUAUCAGCUCUCACGUAAAAUCAAGCACGACUACUCUGGAGAUGCAGAAGUAGUAGUGGCGAAAGAAUCAUCAUAAACAUAGUGCCCAGCUUCAGUAUAUUCUAUAACAAUAAUAUGGCUGCAUGUUUGUAUAUCUUUACUCCUAUAACUUGUUCCCUUUUGUGCAAUGAUAAUUCAAAGCUGGUGAGUCCAAUAACCAGCAUUUCAAUGUUCUUACUUGAACAUGGAUUGCUUACUUUUGCACUAGCACGGCAUUCUAUUACCUGCUCGAAAAGAAAAGAUCUAUGAUAUG